CUUCAAACUUACAGAUGAGAGCGUGGCUAGCAAGAGACAAUCUGGUAUGGCUCGGGCAUAGCUCCAAAAGAGGAGAUCCACACAUCUGACCAGUUGUUGUGAAACACAGCCUUCGGGGACUCAAGUACUGUCCCAUCUCCGUGGAGCCAUAGAAUUGUCUUCAGCAUCUGCCCGGUGUCUACCAUCCAGGCUUCUCUACUGCUCUGUUUCCCGAUUUUUGUGAGCCUAGGAGGUGCCCGGGCUCCCUCUGGCUCUGGCUUCCUGGCUUUCACCAUCUAACCAAAGCAUCUGAAGCUAUGGGGUGCCGACUGAGACAGGAUACACCGCGACCGAGGUGUCCACUUCUCAGGCUCAUUCAUCUCUUUGUGCUGCUGGUUGGUCUUUCUCGAAUGUCUUCAGGUUUUGAAAGAGUGUCCAAGUCGGUGAAAGAAAAGGUUUCACUGCCCUGUGGCUACAACUACUCUGUUGAUGAGCUGGCCAGACUCCGGAUCUACUGGCAGAAAGAGAGGGACGUGGUGCUGAGCUACGUCUCUGGGGAUAAAGAAGUGUGGCCCCAAUAUAAGAACCGGACUUUACUUGACAUCACAGACAACUUCCGUCUCAUGAUCCUGCGCCUGUUCCUGUCAGACAGGGGCACGUACACCUGUGUCGUUCAAAGGCAAGAAAGAGGGUCUUACAUACGGAAGCACUUGGCUUCUGUGGAGUUGUUGGUCAGAGCUGACUACGCAAUCCCUAAUAUAACUCACUUUGGAAAUCCAUCUGCGGACAUUAGAAGAAUAAUGUGCUUCACCUCUGGAGGUUUCCCAAAGCCUAACCUCUCCUGGUUGGAAAAUGGAAAAGAAUUAACUGGCAUCAAUACAACAAUUUCUCAGGAUCCUGAAUCUGAACUAUACACUGUCAGUAGCCAACUGGAUUUCAAUAUGACAUACAACCACAGCAUUGUGUGCCAUAUAGCAUAUGGAGACUCUCAAGUGUCAAAGAACUACACCUGGGAAAAACCCCCAGAAGCCCCUCCUGAUAGAAAUCCCAUAACCACAAUCUUAACUAUUGGGCUAGGAGUCCCUUUUGCAAUACUUAUAGCAAUCUACGUUCUGUGGAGAUGUUUCAGAAGAAGGAAUGAGGCAAGCAAAAAAGAAAACAACAUCGUUUACCUGGGGCCUGUAGAAAUAUCAACCAAACAGAAUGUCUGAAGGUCUCACCUAUAUUUGCCACCGGCAUCUUCUGUAAAUGUCUUCAGGAAUCUAAGACUACCCAGCAGUGCUUUGCAAACAUGUGUUCUCUAGGCGACGCCUCUCCAGUGUUUUGCAGAAGACCAGAGAGGGAUGUGACACAUACUACAGUAGCCAUGUAGAUCUUGAGAAAGCAGUUUAGAGACUGAAUUCUUUGUCUGGAAGGGACAUUGGGGAACACUAGCACAUCUGCCUACCAUAGACCUGCACACGCACACACACAUGCCUGGUGUUUAAGACAGGGUCUUACUCUGUUGCUCAAGGUGACGUAGAAGUCACUACGUGGCCCAGGUAGGUUUCAAACACGCAGCAAUCCUCCUGCGCUAACUAGUGCCAGAAUUACAGGUGUGAGCUACCACACUUGGUAGAACACUAGUUGUAUUAACGAAGACACUGAGUGAGGCUCCAGGAGGGGACCUGAAUUUUGAAGGUGAGUCAGAAUCCAGACUUCCCGGCUCUAUUGCUCUCAACCUUCCUCAGUUAGACCCUAAGCUCUGAGCUCAUAGAUAAGCUAAUUUAAAAUGCUGGUAUUACUUGCCUAACAUCUAUGAGGUUCUAGGUGCUUUUUGUUUCUUUUUGGAGAUAGGGGCCCUCUAUGUAGCUCUGGCUGUCCUGGCACUCACCUUGUAGAUCAGGCUAGCCUCAAACUCAGAGACCCAUGUGUCUCUGCCUCCCUAGUGCUGGGAUUAAAGGCAUGUGCCACCACUGCCCAGCUGUUUGUUUUCCUAAGGCCUACUGGGCCUAGUGUAAUUUGUAGGAAGUAUUUUGGUAUGUAUACCCAUACAAGGGUAAUAAAAAUAUUAGUAAUUUAGUAAUUUUCAGUCUGCAUUUUUUCAUGUAUUUUCCUUUCAUUUUCUCGGGUUCAAGAGAAAACAGAAUGAUAAAACAUAAUUUUUUUCUGAUAUCUAACAUGAAUGUAUGUCUUUCAAACCUCAAAGCAAAAGUCAGGUUGGAGGCACAGUUCAUAAGUCUACUAGUUCAUAUUGGACUGGCAAUCUCUUUAGGCUAGUUUGCCCCUUUACAUAAUACUUGAGAAAGUUCUCAUUUAAAAUGAGAUCAUUUACUAAGUAGUAAUCUAUCUUCACAUAAGUGACUGAGGUGAUACUAGCCUUCCAUAGAACUUCCAGACGCCUUGAAGUGGCUUUUGCUCCUUGGUGUUUCUACCAAUGGAGAACUGAGAAGUAAUACGUAAAUCAGACACAGUAGCACACACCUGUAAUCCCAGCACUGGGGGGGAGGGGUGUUAAGGCAGGAGGAUUGAAUUCCAGGCAGCAUGGGUUGCAUAAGACCCUAAGACCCACCUUCUCUCUGACUCCCAAAGGAAGGGAAAGCAAGAAGUAGCCACUGCCGCUUCUACGUUGAAGGUUCCCUUUUCUCUGAAAUCGGCAUCCACAACUUACACAAGGGCAGGAGUGGAUUUGACUUAAGGCAAGACAGUCAGAUAUUCUCAUUUGAAAAUUUGGAGGUGGACAUCAAAAGGCAGCCAAGUCUCUCAAUGUGGCUGGAUGCGUAAUUUUAAGGACUCUGUUGUACUGUCCAAGAAAUGGGCCCAUUUAUAUGGCUGCUCUCAGAACAAGUCACCAAAGAAGAUAAAAGCAGUGGACUGGCAAGAAGCUGACAAAACAUUGGAAGCAAACCCAAACAAGAGCGGGGAAGCUGCUGAAUUUAACUGAGACUCAAUGAUCUUUAGGCUGACCAAAUGAGACAUCAAAAAGAUAAAGUGAUAGAAAGGAACAAUCUAUGGAGCAACUUAGGAAGUAAGCUGAAUUAAAUUAUUGACUACAUUUGAUAAAUGUUUUUUAGAGGUAUACUUUGAUUUUAUUACUCAGGUAUUUUUAUGUUAAAAGUAAAAUUAUUUUUAAAGCGA